AUACAUCUAAAACACCGAACAUAAGAUAUGAAAGUUAAUUUGGUGAUUAUUGUUAUAAGCUAAUGAUGAAUGUUGUAGAGGAGCUAGGGAUUAAGUACACUGAUGGAAAAGCAAAUGUGGAAGGGUUGGAGUUGUUUGGGUGCACAGUGGUCCACGGUGUUAACGUCCACUCCAUGUCCUCAGACUAUCGCUUAGGUCGAUACGAUAGAAUCAUCUUUAAUUUUCCCCAUUCAGGAUUAGGUUUUGGUUCAGAGCACGACAUCUUCUUCAUUAUGUUACACCAAGGACUCGUCAGAGGAUUUCUGGAGAGUGCAAGAAAGAUGCUGAAAGAUGAAGAUGGAGAGAUUCAUGUGACACAUAAGACAACAGACCCAUUUAACAGGUGGGGGAUUGAGACUCUAGCUGGAGAAAAGGGUUUGCGUCUAAUCGGGGAGAUCGAAUUUCACAAAUGGGCAUUUCCAGGUUACUCCAACAAGAAAGGAGGUGGAAGUAACUGUAACUCUACCUUUCUGUUAAGAAGGAUACUUUCCUUACUAGAUUAUCAUGUAUAUUCUAGUGUAUAUUCCUUUAGAAUAUACAUGAUAAUCUAG